AUGGAUGAGACGCCGAUUUCUUCAGUGUCUCCGUCGCGGUCUCGGUCAAACCGAGCCCUUCAGAUCGAGCGAACCCUGUCCGUUGCCUCGACCGUUGUUGGCCAUGCGCAAGACAAGUUGUUCAGCCGCCUCGCUCGAGUGAUCGCGCGACUCCCGAUUUUGUGCAUUGUGCUGUCGCUGGCAGUCUAUCUGGCAUGUGUCCCGGGAAUGGCGCUAUUGAAUGGUUCAGAGAACAUGUUUGGCUUCAUCAAAAUCAUGACGGGCUUCUUAGAAGCAUUUUCAUUCACGGCAACCGACGAGUACCAGGACUACAAGCGUGGGACCGAUGUCUUCCCAGACACUAGGAGCCUCGUCUUCAUUGCCAAGCCACUAGGCGGGCGCAGCCUUGUCUCAUCAGAGGUGCUCCGGCAGAUACACAGGGCGGAAGUGCAGAUCCACGACACGACUCGCUUUGAGUCGGUGGAUCGACAUCAGUUGGGCUUUAGUGACGUUUGUGAGAGGCUGAGCUCGGGAUCGCCCUGCAUGGCAGGGAGUGUGAUCGCCACGCUCCUCGGAGACGACGUUGCGGUGCGCUUGUCCGAGCUCGAAGUGCUGGAGCAGAAUGUGAGCACACCGGCCAAUGCUGCAGCUGCCUUGGUGGUUGCCGCCAUGAGUGUGCAGCAACGGGCAACUUUGCCGCUUCUCGUUGCUUCGCCGCUCCCUUUUCCAGGGCUUGGUGCUAGCGAGUUGUCUCUAAGCCAGUGGCUCUCGGCCAGCACUGCCGCCAUGUCCACUUUCACAGUAAUGGACACAGAUGACGGCGUUCUCUUCGAAAAGCAGGCUGCCAGGGACAUCAACGGGAAUGGCUACCCCGAGAAUGCCCUGGUGAGAAUUAACCAGUUCAGCUCCUCCACGAUUGCCAUGGAGAGCGUGCAGAUCGGCAUGGACAACGUUCCCCUCAUCGGCCUCACCCUCUGCCUCAUGGCAGGCUACGUGGUGCUGAUGCUGGGCACCGACACCCGGAUUCCCGGCAACUCGCAGGUGAAGCUCCUGGUGGGAGCCUCUUGCAUUCCGGGACUGUCUGGGAUGGCCAGCUUUGGUGUUUUGGGAUACAUGGGGCAAGGUGUGAGCAUCUUAGGAACCCUGGUGCCAUUCUUAGGCCUUGCUGUCGGUGUUGAUAUCAUCUUCUUGCUGGUGUCCUCUGUCAACUCAGUGGGGCCUCACGUGAAGGACAUGGAGGAAGUCAUGGUCAGGGCUCUUCCCCGCGCUGGAGCUGCAGCAACCACCACGACCUUGACGUCAGUUUCUGCCUUUCUUAUUGCUGCCGUCACCAGCACCGACCUUCCGAGUUUCUUCUCAUUCAAUGUGGGCCUGGUCAUGGUUCUGCUCUUGAACUGGAUGGGCAUGCUGAUCAUGUUCCCUGCCAUGAUCAUCCUAAGCCAGCGCAACAUGACCGCGCGCCCGGAGCCCGAAGGCGGCUUCGCCACCAAAGCGAGGUUUGUCAUGGGAGGCGGACGGAAGCUCCGAGGUGUCAUGAAUGCCCGGCUGGGCCGUGCCGUGGAACGCAACCUGCCAUUCCAGAUCUGCGGUGCCUCUGUUUGGUUGGUGCUUACCAUCCUGGGCAUCCAUUUCGGCCUGCAGACGGGGCGAGGCAUGCCAGACACGUACUUCGUGACCGACUCCUCGAAGGUGCACGCAUACUUGGAGGAUGUCAGCAGCUCCUUUGUCGGCAGUGUGCCCAUGGAGCUGAACUUGCUUUUCGAUGAGCCGAAAGUCCUGAAGGCAUCGUACCGCAACCGCAUGUCCGACUUGAUUGCGGCGCUGAACAACCGGUCUGACCUGGCAUUGCCAGUUGAUUGCUGGCUCCAUCGUGCCGUCGGCUCCUUGAGCAGUUCAGCCUCAAUGUGUGAGGUAGACACUGCAAUUCUCACGUAUCUGAAUGACACGACGACAGGAUCCAUCAGUGCACGGGAUGCCCGCGGCGGCAUCACCGACCACCUGCAAGCAGCUCGGUGCCGCGUAGUGCUGUGGCAGCCUUCAGACGCGGACAAGCGCAGUGAGCAAGCACAAGACAUCUUCAGGCAGGUGAAGGGCGAAUUCCCCGAGGUGAAUGCCGUCCCAUACCACCUGAGCUUCCCGACGCAAACAGCACGCUAUCGUGUCAUCAAAGACAAGACCUUCAGCACAGCGGGCUUUGCCUUCAUUGGCGUGUUCGUGGCUGUGAUCAUCACCAUGCCCGUUCACCUGGCAUUCCUGGCGGUCGGGAAUGUCAUGGCGGUGACAUGUGUCUUGUUCGGCUUCAUGUGGGCCUGCAACAUCACUUGCAAUGUUAUCUCGUACAGUGUCUGCGUCAUGGCGAUCGGCUUUUGUGUCGACUACAGCUGCCACAUCGUGCACUUCGCCCAUCACGGCGUGCCGCCGGGGACACCUUGGGACAAGCGCAUGCGCCACUCGCUCGAGGCCGUCAGCUUCGACGUGAUGCAGGGAUGUUCCACAGCCUUCCUCGGCGUCGCCAUGCUGGGUUUCGGCACCGCCCAGGCCUUCCGGAUCUUCGCACUCUUGUCGGUCGUCAUCACUCUCGUGGGUGGCUUCUUUGCGCUCGUCGGCUUGCCAUGCUUGCUUGCUCUCCUUUCAAGGAUCGCACGUGCCUGCAUGGGGUCGGAGACGCCGGAGGAUGAGACGAGCGCGCCAGCUCUGCCAGCGACAGACGCAUGUGACGAGGGAGAGGCCGCAAAACAAUACCUUCAGGACAUGGAGAACCCUCUAGAUGUCGAGCUUUCUGCUGAGCACUUUUCCAUGUAG